AUAUAUAAAGCACCCCGGCGCGGCACCUGCAACAGGCGGCCCUCCUGCAGCACAUGCGCCCUCCUCUCCCUUCAACAGUCUCUCUCUCUCUCACACACACACACACACACACACACACACACACACACUAACACACACACUCACAGCAGCGGAAAACAUCCACUUUGCGCUCAAAUGUGAGUAUUUGACUUUUUAUUCCUCUCGCGUGUGUUCUUCACGUUUCUCUCUCGCAAUGUGGCUCCGUUUGAAUUAUGCAACAGCAGCUUAGAAGAUUAACAUACCGCUAUUUUCUACACUGCUGUUGAGUUUAUUCAAAGUGAAAGAAUGCUGCCAUAACUUGCAGCUUUUCUGAUGUUUAGUUGGAUUUAUUUGGAUUUUUAGAAACUGCUAUAAUUAUGCCACGCUCAGUGGGAACCUGUUUAUUGUUGCUUCACGGAGGCAUUUAAGUCAUUAAGUCAACUAAAUGCUGCAUUCAAUUUUAUGAUAUUUUGAUUCAUUUGAUUUGAAUAUGAGCUAAAUGUCAAAAAUAAGUCUUAUAAUAUCCACAUCAGUCAAAAUGGGACAAUAAUACAAUGAAUAAGGGCAUCCAAAUUUACUUGAAGAACCCUUAAAGUGUCCUUCAGUAUCUGGUGGGAAAUGGAUGCUUAUAAACCUGUUCACUUCAUAAAUAAUAUUCUGUUUUGCCACCACGCGGUAAAUCAUGCCUGCUAAACAGUGGAUUUGUUGCUAGUUGGUGCUUGUCAGCUAUGUUUGGGUUUGUUAAUAUGUAACUCAACUGUGUAUUUGAAACAGUAAAAAGGGCCCAUUAACCACUGACUUCCUUAUUUCAUGUGCUUUUGCUGUGUAUCCUCAGAGGCUGGCUGUCACAAUGGACGUCUCUCUCGUCUCUCUAAGCUUUCAUUUUAUGAUGAAGCCUAUACACAAACCCUAUAUACCCAGCUAGCAAUUCAUUUUGAUUUAUUCCCAUUAGUUUUAUUGGAACUUGGCAAAGAAACUGAGGAGAAUCCAUUUUUUGUGGUAGAAAUUCAUUUAAAAACACAUUACCACAAAACCACAACCAUUGGCUUGUUUUACCUAAAUUGUAAAUUGAAUUUAAGUCAAUUGAAUUUCAAGUAAUGAUGGAUACAACGACACUAGCGACCCUGGCUGCUGCCACUACAGUAGUUCUGGCAUCUCAGUCCACCAUGUCAGGCUAUUUGUGGCUGCUGGUGUUAGGCUUCGUCAUUGCCUUCAUCCUGGCCUUCUCUGUGGGGGCCAACGACGUGGCCAACUCCUUCGGUACCGCAGUGGGCUCCGGGGUGGUCACCUUGCGUCAGGCCUGCAUCCUGGCCACUGUCUUUGAGACGGUGGGCUCGGUGCUGCUGGGGGCAAAGGUCAGCGAGACCAUACGAAAAGGCAUCAUCGACGUCCAGAUGUACAACGGCUCUGAACACGUCCUGAUGGCGGGAUCCAUAAGUGCAAUGUUUGGCUCUGCUGUGUGGCAGCUGGCUGCAUCUUUCCUGAAGCUUCCCAUUUCUGGAACCCACUGCAUUGUUGGAGCCACAAUUGGCUUCUCCAUGGUAGCCAGAGGUCAUCAAGGGGUCAAAUGGAUGGAGCUACUGCGCAUUGUGGCAUCCUGGUUCCUGUCCCCUGUGCUGUCAGGCAUUAUGUCAGGAAUUCUCUUCUAUUUUGUUCGCAAAUUCAUUCUAAACAAGGCUGACCCUGUUCCCAACGGCCUCAGAGCUCUUCCCAUCUUCUACGCCAUCACCAUAGGCAUCAACCUCUUCUCCAUCAUGUUCACAGGAGCACCACGUGAGUACCACGUCACCUUGCUACACCCAGGCACCCUUUAAAUCACACGGCAGCUUUUGGAAAUCCCGCGAGCAACGUGGGGUCUGAGUAAAUGUCAAAGGUCACACAGAGGGAAGUUGUCUUCUUUGCACAAAGCAGCUGACAAACAAAGAAGAAACGUUCGAUUCAUUGGGUCAUUUUGGACCUAAUUUUGUUUAAAAAAAAAUUGAGAACACUGUAGCUGUCAAACACAGCAAGAAUAAAGAAAAAACAACUAUUACAUGGAGGAUUUCCACUGGUUU